CAUUUAUUUUUACUCACUCUUUGUUUUUUCAAGAUAAAAAUAUGUCACUGUCUGUAGUAGAUCGUAGAACGACAUCUCAAUAUAUAUAUAGGUCAGUCGAUCUUGUUAUUUAUCGUGCUACAGAGAGUGUGCCACGCUUCUUAUUGUGUUCUGUUACAGAUGUCACAGUGUAGUUUCGAAUCGUGUGUAGAGGAUGGUUCCAGGAAGGUCAAGGUUCGCAGCCUGUAUGACCAAACGUUCCUUGAUGUUGAUAUCGAUAUUUUUCAUCAGGGAUUGCCUCAUAAAGUAAAGACAGUUCAAGAGGUUAAGACCUCUAUACUGAAAGUGAUUGGCCCAGGCACAAAUCCAGACCACUAUAUCAUGACUGGUGUCAAGGGAGAAGACCUUGUGACUAUGGACGAGAGCACACCAAUAACUACUUAUGACGAUUAUUUGAACUGCAACACAUCGUAUCUAGAAUUUCAACUGAAGUCUGCCACGUACUCUCGCUAGGAGGAGAAGGAAAUAGGAUUCCAGUUUGUUGCAGUUCAAAAUGACUUCUAAAGAUUUUGAAAGAGACUUUUUGGUGUUUUUACGUAUUCAAAUCAAGGCAGCAUAUCAACUGUUGAGCCAAAUUUUUAAUUAAAUAUUUGUAAAGAAUAUAUUUCUUUGAAACUUUAAUGAAAAAAAAGCAUUUAAAAAUACCAUUGUCUAAACUUUUUUAAAAACUAUAUCUUCUUGUAUAUAUUCUUGUUGAUAUAAUUCAUAAAAGUACACAGAGUCAAUGUCCCUUUUUUUUUUUUUGGUUCUAUUUUUAUCGACUUUUUUUUUACAUUCAUGUAUAUAUUCUUUAGCGAGUGAUAAAUAUUUCAGCAGGACUAGUAUUAGCUUAUACAUUUCCCCUCUAUUCUGCUUAUAGAGGUUAAUCAAAAAUAAAACAGUAAUACUGAUAAUUUAAUAAAACUAAAUUAUUUAAUUCAUCUUUUAAACGAAUUUUGUCUAUCAUUCCCGGAUAUGUAAAAUGAGAACAAAGGAUCCUCUUGAAAUUCUUUCACUGUAACUUUAUUAUGGUCACACGACAUAUUUUUUUAAAACUAAAAAUAUUUAUCGAUUAGAAGUAAUCAUAUUAUUUGUUAGAAAGUAUGAGCUUCAGUCAUCUCUUCCUAUAUGAAUUAUUAAAAGUUAUUUAUUACAAAUGGGACUUCACUAGAGAUCCGUGUUUUUCUAUCUCCAGCUAAUGAAGAACUUGUAGCACUUAUAAAAACCUGCUCUCUACUGUUACUAGAGUUACCGACACAUUUUUUGCUCAAUUUUUAAAUGUAUCGUCACUCUAAAAUGAGAUUAUUUUGCUAAAAACUGUUUAGAAAAUGUAACUUGUUUUUCUGCGCAUAGUAUUUUUUUAAAAACAUACGUUCAUACUUCAUAGUUUGAAAUCAUUUACAUUCACAAUUUGCGCAUUUUCGUGAAUGGCAACGAAUCAUAUUAUCUUUUUUUUUUAUUAAAUGUUAUGUCAAUUUUUGCAGCAAGCAUUGAACUUUUUAUGGAUUGAAUAAACAUGAUCACUACA